GGCAGUUUUCCCGCCCAUUCCCCUCAGGUACAAAAUAAUCACUAUAAGGAACUAAGAAGUGAAAGGAAAAAAUGGCAAGUGCUAAUCCUGUUAGUCACCUCGGCUUUUUCUUUGGCAACAUCACACGUGAAGAAGCUGAAGACUACCUGAUGCAAGGCGGGCUGAGCAAUGGACUGUAUCUCCUGCGACAGAGCCGCAACUUUCUGGGUGGCUUUGCUUUGUCCAUGGUUCACGGUGGUAAAGUUUAUCAUUACACCAUUGAGAGGGAAAUGAGUGGCUCUUACGCCAUUACAGGAGGAAAGUCCCACAGGAGUCCUGUAGAACUCAUUAACUACCACUCGGAUGAAGUCGACGGUCUUGUUUGCCUGCUCAAGAAACCGUGUCAUCGUCCACCAGGAGUGGAACCAAAAACAAGCCAGUUUGAGGACUUGAAGGAAAAUCUAAUUAGGGAUUAUGUGAAACGAACGUGGAACUUGCAUGGCCAUGCCCUUGAGCAAGCGAUUAUUAGUCAGAAACCACAGUUAGAGAAAUUGAUUGCUACAACAGCACAUUUGAAAAUGCCUUGGUUCCAUGGGAUAAUAACUCGGGAGGAAUCAGAACAGCGUGUUCUUCUGGGCACAAAGACCAAUGGGAAAUUUUUAAUCAGGGAAAAAGAGAAUCAGGGAUCCUAUGCUCUCUGUCUGCUCAAUGAAGGAAAGGUGGCACAUUAUCGCAUUGAGAAGGACAAGAAGGGUAAACUCUCAAUCCCAGAGGGAAAGAAAUUUGAUACACUCUGCCAGUUUGUGGAACAUUAUUCCUACAAAGCAGAUGGACUUCUAAGAAUCAUCACAGAUCCAGUUCCAAAUCCUAACUUGAAAAAUGGCGUAUUCACCCCACCGGAUCAUAGGCCUAAUUUCAGCAAGACUUGGUCAACAGGUGCAAUUUUCACAAGAAUCAAGUCAUACACUUUCCCAAAGCCGGGAAGCAAAAAGCCACCUUUACCUGUCCGGAAUGAUGAUUCUGGAUUACUUUUUACAACAUCAACAACAUCAUUACCAUCUGACGCUUUCCCAAAUAACCCUUAUGGGCCACCACGUGUAAAGCAAGGUGAUCAGAGGUUGCCCAUGGACACAGAGGUCUACGAGAGUCCAUAUGCAGACCCAGAGGAGGUAAAAGCUAAAAAUGUCACCCUGGACCGAAAUCUGCUGAUCCUGGAAGACCACGAACUUGGUUCUGGUAAUUUUGGCACUGUGAAGAAAGGCACCUAUGAAAUGAAAAAAGGAAAGAAGACAGUGGCUGUGAAAAUUCUCAAGAACGAAAGCAACGACCCCUCCUUAAAAGAUGAACUGCUGAGAGAAGCAAAUGUUAUGCAACAACUGGAUAACCCAUAUAUUGUCCGAAUGAUAGGCAUAUGUGAGGCUGAGUCCUGGAUGUUGGUAAUGGAAAUGGCUGAACUUGGCCCCUUGAAUAAAUAUCUGAUAAAACACAGAGAUGUUGUCGCAGAAAAGAAUAUCAUUGAGCUGGUUCAUCAAGUUUCCAUGGGGAUGAAAUAUUUGGAAGAAAACAACUUUGUGCACAGAGAUUUAGCUGCGAGAAACGUACUGCUGGUUACACAGCAUUAUGCCAAAAUCAGUGACUUUGGACUUUCCAAAGCUCUUGGUUCUAAUGAUUAUUACAAGGCAGAACAUUAUGGGAAAUGGCCGGUCAAGUGGUAUGCUCCAGAAUGCAUGAACUUCUUCAAAUUUUCGAGCAAGAGCGAUGUUUGGAGUUUUGGAGUUUUAAUGUGGGAGGCUUUUUCCUAUGGGCAAAAGCCAUACAAGGGUAUGAAAGGUGGGGAGGUUGCUCAGAUGAUUGAAAGAGGAGAGCGAAUGGAAUGUCCAGAAAAAUGCCCACCUGAGGUCUAUGAGUUAAUGAAAUUAUGCUGGACAUAUAACGUCGAUGAUCGGCCAGGAUUUUCUGCAGUGGAGUUCAGGCUGCGCAAUUUCUACUAUGACAUGGCACAAUAAGAGCACUGUGUACUGAAUACCGAUGGUUGCAUAUGGAGGCACCAUGCAGGAGGCAAAAUAGAAGAAUGAGCAAAAU